GAAGCUGCGAAUAAGAAGCUGGAUUCAGCCUCCUUGCUUUAUUUAGUGUACACGGACGGGACCUAUGAAUAUGUUAAUUAGCCCCGCCUCCACUCACUCAUGCCAGCUCACAGAUUCACUCGGCCAACUUACUGAGCAAUCUAGGAAGGUUUGACUGAUCGCCGAAGAGCUAUGGGAGAAGUGUCAGCAGACAGCAUUACAGUAGAGAUGCUCAGAGAGGCCUGUGGGACGGUGAGAUUCAGCCCGCUGGAUGUGAUCAACACACCAAUGAUCCCAUGGUGCCAAACCACUCUGCCGCUCAAAACAUCCGGCGAAAUUCACAUCAAACUGGAGAACAUGCAGAGGACGGGUUCUUUUAAAAUAAGAGGUGUUGCAAACCAGUUUGCCAGGAGACUCAAAGGGGAUAAUUUUGUGACCAUGUCUGCUGGGAAUUAUGGGAAGUCUUUUGCGUAUGCAUGUAAGCAUUAUGGAUCCAAAGGCAAAGUGGUGAUGCCAGAAACCGCCCCCAUCUCCAGAUCUCUGCUGAUACAAAGUUUGGGAGUUGAGGUUGAAAGAGCGCCAACUACUCGUCUCAUGGAUGUUGUUAACCGAUGUGUUCAAGAGGACGGCAUGACUUUCCUACAUUCCUAUGAUGAUCCGGACCUUAUCGCUGGACAUGCCAGCUUAGGUUUUGAGAUCCUGGAGGUUGUGCCCUGUCCAGAUGUGGUGGUGGUGUGCUGUGGUGGAGGAGGGUUACUUGCUGGUGUGGCAGCUGCCGUCAAACUAACUGGUUGUGAGAACACAAAGAUCUAUGGAGUGGAACCAGAAGGAGCGUGUACAAUGUACAAGAGCUUCAUUGAGAAGAAGCCUAUUGGCAUGGAUGCUAAAAGCAUCGCUUCAGGGCUAGCGCCACCAUUUGCAGGUACCUUGCCGUAUGAGCUUUGUCAGAAGCACGUGGAGGACAUCGUGCUGGUGACCGACGAGGAGAUCAAAUCUGCCGUUUCCACGCUUUAUAAGGCUGGUCUCGUUGUUGAACCUUCAGGUACUGCGGCGUUCGCUGCCGUCACCAAUGACAAAAUACCAGACAUCAGGGACAAGAGUGUGGUGGUCAUUCUCAGCGGAGGAAACAUUGGCAAAGACGAGCUUAGCAACUUCCCGGACUAAGCUCAAGUCAUUAUUUACUCAUCAUGUCAUUUGUGCUAAACUCUUUUUCACAGUGGGCUCCAGAAAAUCAUUG